UACAUUUUAUAUUCAUAUUCCUUAGCUUUUCAGCAGACAAUGUACACUUUAUAUGUACAUGCCUAUAGCAGAGCAUUAAACUAAAGAACAGUCAUGAGCUUUUCGGUGUUAUAAACGCAGCAAGGAAUGUUUGUUGCUCCCCAGCGAGCUAACUUUAGCAAUAGCUAGCUAAGAAGCUAGCGUCUUGUUUACGUAUCACGUUAGCACGCUUAUAUGUUUAUGUUUCAGUUAUAAACAUGUAAUAGCUCCCUUUUGUGUCGAGUUGUCAUUAGAUAUCACUGACAAUGUGAUAUACAUUUUCCCAACGCCGGUCUUGUGACUUAUUAUUAGCAUUAUUAGCAUUGUACAAGGUGCUCACAGCUAACCAAAUGUGUGGAUGUUAUUCAUGUGAUUGGUUCCUGUAGAAACUAUGGAUCAGAAGAUUCCCUAUGAUGACUACCAGCUUCCGGUGGUGUUCCUGCCCUCUUAUGAGAACCCCCCAGCAUGGAUCCCCCCUCAAGAGCGGAUUCAUCACCCAGACUACAACAACGAGCUCACCCAGUUCCUUCCCCGCACCAUCGUCUUGAAGAAACCUCCAGGAGCUCAGCUGGGCUUCAACAUCCGCGGCGGAAAGGCCUCGCAGUUGGGCAUCUUCAUAUCCAAGGUGGUUCCAGACUCUGACGCCCACCGUGCAGGACUGCAGGAGGGAGACCAGGUUCUUUCAGUAAAUGAGGUGGAUUUCCAAGACAUAGAACAUUCCAGAGCUGUAGAGAUUCUGAAGACCGCACGGGAAAUCCUGAUGAGAGUUCGCUUCUUUCCUUACAACUACCAGAGGCAGAAGGAGAGGACUGUCCACUAGGUGGCGCCAGAGAAGAAGAAAGUGUCUGACAUUGCCCCCCCCCCCCGAUAUUAUUUUAACAAUGCCCCCUACAAAUAUGGGACAUUUGACUACUUUGAAGUUGUAAAACAUAGUAGCAGGACAUGUAUAGUAGAGUAUGUGCAUGUAAAGCUAGUCUUUAUUAAACUAGCUUGCCAUUAAGCAGUCAUGCUAACCCGGCUUACCCUUGAAAGGAUCUAAUGGAUCCAUCAUCAGCCACCCUGGUCGUGGCUGUAAACAACACUGUACAAGUAUUAAAGUAGUAAACAUGUGAGAAGUACUUGCGAUUGGGCCUGGCAAAGUGUGGCUUCUGGAUCUCCACAAGUUCAGACAAUCCCGGCGUCUCCCACGGUCAAAGAGGGCUGCUUAUCCGGUGCGAUACUUUCCAUCCAUGAAGAUAGGAAUGAUGAUCUCGUCCCGGGUGGUCUCUGUCCUAUUUCGUUUUUUUCCCAGUUGAGUCCUUAAGUGUGUUUUUUCCUUCGUUACUUGGCUGCACAAAUACCACGUAAUGAAUGAUUCCCCCUGGGUGGGAGAUGGAAUUGGAAGUACUGAAGGCAACGCUAGGAAACAAUUCCAAUGACAGCAGCCAUUGACAGCCACCCGCGCUUGUUUACCGCUUCACGACGCCAUUUGAUGAGGUCAUCAUUUGCGCGCCGGUAAAUAUCAACGUAGAUUGUUUUGGGUGCAGAACACUCACUGCGUUUGUGAAUGAAUGGACGGGAGGAAUCAACUCGCAUUUCUUUCUUUCCAAUGUGGCAAUGUCGACGAUGACGUUUCGCGUAUCAUUAUAGGGAGAAACUCAAGAAAAACUAAAGAAAUAAAUGCCAUUUUCAGGUAUUUAUUACGAUACUGUCCUGUUUGUUAUAUUGUAAAUCACCCUGCUACCUCAAUAUAGUAGGGUUUCACAGAAAUACAUUUCUUCAAUUCUUUAUUUGAUCAUUUCAUGAAUAAAUUCAUUAAAUGUCUUAUAUUGUUUGUGCUAUGACAUUAAAUACUCCACUUUUUAAAAUAUCCCCAAUGCAUUAGGU